GACGCGAGUUGUUAUAGCGCGUUUGCACAUUCGACUAUAAAAACUAGGAGGAUUUUCAGGAAUCCAAUCGGCAUCACUUCCUUCGGUCCCCUUCCCGGCCUUGUUAAAUCCGACGGCCUAACUUCAAUUCGAAACCUCGAAGUUUCUGCCAUGGCGGAGAGCCUCCGAAUUCGAAACAUUCAAUUCAUCACUCUCGUUCUCCUCUGUAUCGGAUUCCCCGCUCAUAGUAAUCGGAUUCGGCUCGAUGAACACCAGCCACUCUCCAAAAUUGAUGUAUACAAGGCUACUGUUGCACUCCGAAACAACGCCUACAUCAAAGCCUCGCCGCUUGUUUUAGGCCUCAAUGGCGAGGAUACCGAUUGGGUGACGGUCAAGUUUUUACAUCCUGAACCCUCAGCAGAUGAUUGGAUAGCAGUGUUUUCUCCUGCGAAGUUUAACUCAUCGCCCUGUCCUGGUUCAAAUAAAAGGGUCCAAAGUCCAUUAAUCUGCUCGAGCCCUAUAAAGUUCAAUUAUGCAAACUACUCAAAUCGAAAUUAUGUGAGGACAGGAAAAGCUUCUUUGGUAUUCGAGUUGAUCAAUCAGCGUGCUGACUUCUCAUUUGCCUUAUUUUCAGGAGGUCUUUCAAAUCCCAAACUUAUUGCUGUUUCAAAUCCACUUUCAUUUAAGAAUCCUAAAGCACCAUUGUUUCCUCGCCUUGCACAUGGGAAACUAUGGAAUGAAAUGACAGUAACCUGGACCAGUGGGUACAAUAUAAGUGAAGCUAUUCCCUUUGUUGAAUGGGGUUUAGAAGGAGAGACACAGACUAGAUCCCCUGCUGGGACGCUGACAUUUAGUAGGAAGAGCAUGUGUGGUGCUCCUGCACGAACUGUUGGUUGGCGUGAUCCUGGUUUCUUUCAUACGAGUUUCCUACAAAACUUAUGGCCGAACACUGUGUACACGUACAGACUGGGUCAUCGCUUGUUUAGUGGCUCAUAUAUUUGGAGCAAGAGCUAUUCAUUCAAGUCAUCACCGCAUCCUGGAGAAGAAUCAUUACAGCGUGUCAUUAUAUUUGGUGAUAUGGGGAAGGGACAACGAGAUGGCUCAAAUGAGUACAGCAACUAUCAACCCGGAGCAUUGAACACCACUGACCAGCUCAUCAAAGACUUGGACAACAUUGACAUUGUCUUUCAUAUCGGAGACCUAUCUUAUGCAAAUGGGUAUCUCUCACAGUGGGACCAAUUCACUGCGCAGGUGGAGCCCAUUGCAUCUAGGGUCCCUUACAUGGUUGCAAGUGGUAACCAUGAGCGUGACUGGCCGAAUACCGGGUCUUUCUAUGCAAACAUGGAUUCGGGUGGGGAGUGUGGAGUUCCAGCGGAGACCAUGUUUUAUUUUCCUGCCGAAAACAGAGCAAAGUUCUGGUAUAAGACAGAUUAUGGGUUAUUCCGGUUCUGUAUAGUAGACUCUGAACAUGACUGGCGAGAAGGCUCAGAACAGUACAGAUUCAUAGAGCAUUGCCUUGCAUCAGCGGAUAGACGAAGACAACCUUGGUUGAUAUUUGCUGCUCAUCGUGUGCUUGGCUACUCUUCCAACGAUUGGUAUGCGUUGGAGGGAUCAUACGAAGAACCCAUGGGAAGGGAAAGCCUACAGAAACUCUGGCAGAAGUACAGGGUUGAUAUUGCCUUCUAUGGCCAUGUCCACAACUACGAAAGAACAUGCCCAAUUUAUCAGAAUCAAUGCGUGAAUGAAGAAAAAAGUCACUAUUCGGGCACUAUGAAUGGCACAAUCCACGUGGUUGCGGGCGGAGCAGGGAGCCACUUAUCCGCAUUCACCAAGGAAAUCCCCAAAUGGAGUCUGUACAGAGACUACGAUUUUGGUUUCGUAAAGUUGACGGCAUUCGACCGUCAUUCUCUGCUUUUCGAGUACAAGAAAAGCAGCGACGGUAAGGUGUAUGAUUCCUUUACCAUUUCAAGAGACUACAGAGACGUCUUGGCCUGUGUUCCCGACAGCUGCGAACGCACAACUAUGGCCGCCUGAACUGGACUUUCUCCUCUUUCAUGUGCUAGUUGCAUUUCAUAUAUCGUCUCCCUGAAAUAUAAUAGUUUUGUUUAUUUAGAUAAUAAUUAGAUAAUGCAAUCACAGGGACUCUCUCCUUUUGUUCU